UUUCGUAGUAUUUAAAAUGUCUCUCGUUCAGCACGAUCUGCAAAUACUAUACCCACUUCCAAUGGCACUGGUAAUGGGACUUUUACGGUACUUAUUCGAGAAAUACAUCCUCACACCAUUAGCAAAACGUCUGGGUAUCAAACCAUUACCAGUAACGAAGAACCAAGUGCUAGAAAAUGCAUUUAAAGCAUCAGAAGAUUGGAACAGGAAGCAGAUACUGCAAAUCAGCAUCAAAUCAAACAUGUCAGAAAGGGAUGUCGAAAGAUGGUUGAGAUUACGUAAAAACAGCAUAAAAAAACAUUCCAAAUUGGAUAAGUUUUGUGAAAAUUGCUGGAAAUUGUUAUACUACACUAUGAUUUUCAGUUAUGGAUUUGUGGUGAUGUGGAACAAACCGUGGUUUUGGGAUAUUAGUAAAUGUUGGGAUGAUAUCCAUAACCAGAUUGUUACAACUGAUAUUUGGCUGUAUUAUAUGGUACCUCUAUCGUUCUACUGGUCUUUAUUAGUAACCCAGUUUUUUGAUGUUAAACGUAAAGAUUUUUGGGAGAUGUUUGCGCACCAUGUCAUCACCAUAGUGCUAAUGUCUUUGUCUUGGAUAUUCAGGUUUAUACGUAUCGGUACCUUGGUUCUACUAGUUCACGACUUCUCCGACAUAUUCCUUGAAGCUGCUAAAGUUACUCACUACGCCAAAUUGAACAAACUUCGAGAUAUCUGCUUCGGAAUGUUCGCUGUAUCUUGGUUGGUCACCAGGCUAGGUAUUUAUCCUCUUUGGAUUAUUUGGGACUGUAUUGUGGACGAGAGCGGUGCUUCGCCAGCUGCUUAUUACACUUUUAACAGUCUUUUGAUCAUGCUGUUGAUUCUGCAUUGCUUUUGGACAUGUUUGCUGGGCAAAUUCAUCAUGAUCUCUUUUAUACCUGGUAAAAUGAAUAAAGAUAUCAGGUCUGGUAGCGAGAGCGAGGGAGAUCAUGUAAAAUCGAAGUAUUUUUUUGGUUUGGAAGUAUAGUGAAGUUUGUAGCAAAGUACUACAAAUGGAAGUAAUAAAAAGAACUUUCCAAUGUCAGUGCUCCUGAUACUUUCACCAUACCAAUAAAAGGCCGAUUUAAAUAACAAGAAGUGGAAAAAAGAAGAAAAUCUUAUCCUAUAAAAGUUAAAAAACUUCAUAAAUAUUAAAAGCGUGUACCGUUUACGAGGGAAAUACAAAAAUAUGAAUUUGGUUAGAGUAAAGUAUGUUUUUUUAACAAUGUUACUUGAAAAACUUAUUUAAAAUCAACACUUCUCAAACAAAUUGUGUUCCCUUAGUUUAAAAACGCUCAGUACAUAAGAUUAAUUAAUAAAAUCACGGUAG